UUGUUAUGCAAGUUAUGGGGGUAUACUCAGAAAAUGAACCCACUUCCCAAACCACUGAUUGCACAUAUUUAAGAGAGCAGUGCCUCCGUGAUGCAAAUGGAUGUAAACAUGCAUGGAGAAUAAUGGAAGAUGCUUGCAAUGUUUCAGGUAACUUCUGCAAGAUGAAGGAUUUAUCAGGCUGUAACCUGAGCAUCCAGUCCUUAGUGGAAAGCAAUUUCCAAUUUAAAGAUUGUCUCUGCACUGAUGACCUGUAUGGUACUGUUAACAAAUUGCUUGGAAAACAAUGCAUCAAUGAAUCAGAGAAAUCAGCACUAUCCUCAUAUUUGGCUUCACAAUCAAAUAUCACACAAUGGCUCCAUCAGAAAGAUGUGUCACUAAUGGCUGAAAAAAAGAGUGACUGUGUCAUAGCAGCACGUAUCUGCCAGGAAUCUGAACAUUGCACUCUGUUGUAUGAGAAUUUUAAGAAAACCUGUGGGAGUGAAUCAGAACCAUGCAAGACUCUCGAUGGAGGCCACCUGUGUGUAGCAUUAAGAGAAAGUCUGAAAGAAACGACCUUGUGGAAUUGUCAGUGCAAUGACCCUUCAAAAGUAGAGUGCAUUGAAAUUAAAAGUUUGUUUGAAGACAAUUGUAUACAGGAUGCUCAAAUGAAUGAAGUUCCAGCCUUCAGUGAAGAGGACGAAGAUGGAUUCAACCAGGACAUUGUUUUUGAUAACAUGAAAGAGGAUAAUAAAUUCAAGUGGAAUCUAACUACUCUUCCCGAUUAUGGAAUGAAAGGGAUCCGGUCUUGUUUGGAAGUGGCAGAGACGUGUGUAGGGGAUGUGGUCUGUAAUGCACAGUUGGCCCCUUACCUUAAAGCUUGCUCAGCAAAUGGAAAUCUGUGUGAUGUGAAACACUGCCAAGCAGCCAUACGGUUCCUCUAUCAAAAUAUGCCUUUUAACAUUGCCCAGAUGUUGGUUUUUUGUGACUGUGCUCCAUCUGAUCUACCUUGUCAGCAGUCCAAAGAAGCUCUUCACAGCAAGCCAUGUGCAGUGAACAUAGUUCCACCCCCUACUUGCCUCAAUGUAAUUCACAGCUGCCGAAAUGAUGAAUUAUGCAGGAGGCGCUAUAGAACAUUUCAGUCAAAAUGCUGGCAGCGUGUGACUAGAAAGUGCCACGAAGAUGAGACUUGCAUCGGUACAUUAAGCAAGCAGGACCUCACUUGCUCAGGAAGUGAUGACUGCAAAGCAGCUUACAUUGGUACUCUCGGCACAGUCCUUCAAGUGCAGUGUACCUGUAGGACCGUUAGACAAAGUGAAGAGUCUUUGUGCAAGAUCUUCCAGCAUAUGCUUCAUAGAAGAUCAUGUUUCAAUUAUCCAACUCUGUCCAAUGUAAAAGGCAUUACAUUGCAUAAAAGAAAACAGGCGAAGGAAAUAACUCUACGUGGAUUUCAUUCCCCCUUCAACGGAGAAGUAAUUUAUGCUGUCAUGUGCAUGACAGUCACCUGUGGAAUCCUUCUCUUGGUUACGUUCAAGCUGAGAACCUCCAGAAUAUCAAGUCAAACCAGAGAUCCUUCACCAAUCCAAAUACCUGGAGGACUCAUGAUUCAUUAAGAGCCAUGGAUCAUUAACAAUCACUUUCUUUCAAGCAAGUCUUUGUAGCCAGUCAACAGAAGAUCCUAUUCCUCAUCAAUGGAAAAAUGUUAAGAUGGAUUUAAUGACACUCGGUCAUUAAGUAUAGUAAUGUAAGGCAUAAUAAUAUGGCAGCUGUUCAAUUCAUUUUUGCUUAAGAAAAUACUCUAGUAUA